CAAAACCGCAGCCCCUCCUCCUUGCAUCGACUGUUCUGGUAAACCACCGAGGGUCUUCUUCAACUGUUUACGGCCCUAGCAGCGCAUUUAAACGGGUUAGAGGAAUGUAGCCAUUCGCUGUAGCUUCACUGUAAACGGUGGUUUUCCUCUGCGGUGACAUUCUGAAGGUUUUUCUCCGCCUCCAGAUGAGCAGGAGGAGGAUACAAAGGAAGAAGUAGCUGCCAGUCGAUACAGUGUUUUGAACAGGCGGCUAACUUCAGUUUAGUGUGGAGUUUUAACAGCUAGCUGCGCGCGCCUCUAACCGAGAAGCCCUUAUAAUUCACAGCGUAGCCGUUUUCAACGAAGCAGGUCUAGUCAUUUGGAGGAAAAUGGUGACUUUCUCUGCAGCGGUUAGACCUUUGGUCUCUCACCUUCAGCGACAGCUCGUCAGACACGCCAUGAGUCCCAGGAUAACGCCUGUCCGACGGUGCAACCUCACAGCGUGUUCCAGCAAAUAUGUCCUGUCUCAGAUGCACCCUAUGUGGCAUGGGCCCCUGGAGGUCCCAGGAGGGGAUCAUCAGUCUCCCAUCGACAUCGCUGUGAAAAAAGCCGUCUUCGACUCGGAGCUGAAGCCGCUGGAGUCCAGCUAUGACCCGCAGACCUGCCAGCAGAUCUGGAACAACGGUUACUCCUUUCUGGUCGAGUAUGACGACACUACUGACAAGAACACACUUAAGGGAGGCCCCCUACAGGACAAAUACAGGCUUUGUCAGUUCCACUUCCACUGGGGUGAGAGCAACGACUGGGGCUCAGAGCACACUGUGGACCGAAGGCUGUUUCCUGCAGAGCUCCACUUGGUCCACUGGAACUCUGACAGGUACACUCUGUUCGAGGAGGCGGUGAUGGAGGAAAAUGGACUAGCCGUUAUUGGAAUUUUUCUGAAGGUGGGAAAGAGACAUGAGGGGCUGCAGAAGCUGGUUGACGCUCUGCCUGCCAUCAGACACAAGGACAGCGUGGUGGAGUUCAACCGCUUUGAUCCAGCUAGUCUGUUUCCCUCCAACAUCGAUGACUACUGGACGUACCACGGGUCUCUGACCACGCCCCCUCUCACAGAGUCCGUCACCUGGAUCGUUAUGAAGCAGCAUAUUGAAGUCAGCCAUGACCAGCUGGCGGUCUUCCGGAGCCUCCUGUUCACCUCUGCCGAGGAGGAAGUCCAGAAGAGCAUGGUGAACAACUUCCGGGUGCAGCAGCCUCUGCGGGGUCGCACCGUCCGCUCCUCCUUCACUCCCUUCCUGUAGGAGGCGCCAUAGAGGUGACGAGCAGAACUGCUUAUGCUGCUGGACUCAAUAACAACACAACACUGCUCGUCGAAGCAGAACCAAUGUUUAUAUGAUCGUUUCCUCUGGGGAGCUUCAUUCAAUACAAUCACUUCCUGUUUUAUUUGAAUUAACAAUUUUACAGAGGAUGGAAAAAAACUUUUAUUUUUAGGUUUGGUUUGACUGUUUCAGACCAGUUAUCAACAAGGGAAUAUGGGUAGCUGAGGGGGAUUUUAUUUUAUUUGAAUGAUUAUUUUAUCAUAAAUCAUAUUUAUUCUACAUUUUGGAGUUCAGUCACACUGAGCUUCAGGUUCAGUAAAAACCCAACAAGUCAGAUUUCUAUCUAAUGUCUGUUUACAGCAAAAUUCUCCUUUAAAUUUUCAUUCAAAUUCUCCAAAAAUCACACAUCAUUUUUCAGUCGGUCUUCUCAGGCUGCUGUUUGUUUUACUGAAUGUUUUCGUCAUCUGUUACAUUUCGAUUCCUCUGAAUAUGUCUGACAUUCAGAGCCAUGUUUCACUCAUUUUUUUAACUUUUAAACUGAGUUGUUUUUUUUUUUAACUCAGCCUUUGUUACUAAGACGCACAAACAUGCAAUGUUCGAGCAGCACACUCGUAGCGACACGGAGCGUGGGAAUGAAAGUAUAAGAUUCAAUGAACCCUAAGUGCCUUUAAAUGUUCCGAUUUCUCUUUUGUAUUGGUUUAAUUCUCGCCUGAUUUCUUUUCUUUUACUUUACAGAAUUAAAAGAAAUGGCAGUCGGUUGAGACUUUCAGUCAAUCUUGUCAGAAUUAUAUCAUCUGAUUGUAUCAGGUUGAUCUCUUCAGUCUGCUUUAUUCAGAUUGGUUCAGUUGGAUAAAACUAAUCAGAUUGUUCCUGUUAAAGCUGAGAAAAUGCAGUCUUCUAAGCUACUGUUGUGCCUUUAUGGCUCUCACCCAGGGUGAUAUAGCCUAGGGGUGGCACAAAAACUGAAUCGGUUCUUCUCAAUAUGCAUAAUGUAAGCGCUGUAGGAAAAUAUUGCUGUACACUUGGUGAUAAACACUUCCUGUUCCUGAACAGGUAGUUGUUGGAAAUGAGAACUUGUUCUCAACCAAUUUACCUGGUGAAAUAAAACAACAAAAUAAGUAAAAUUAUGUUUAAGUUGCUUCAUAAUCACUUUCUUUUUCUUAAUGGACUCUAGAUUACGUGAGUGACAAAAAUGCACUAAAAUCAGAGUAUAAAAUAAAUAAUAAUGUAAAUACAGAUAGACUGGUUGAACCCAGGGUGCUAUUCACUGCAAGAUGAUUUAUUUUAAAUCAAAGUAAAAGAGCACAAAAAGUGCCUACUUUGAGCGUCAUUUCAGCAGAUAUUAAACUUGUUUCUUCUUCUACACCCAGUGCAUUUUGCAACAGGUUCUACUGAGAAGGAUUUUGCAAUCUUCUCAGUUUUAAGCAAUAUUCAGUUAUCUGAGGAAGUCCAGCCUCCUUCCUGCUUUGCGUCAUGCCUGUCUGUUGCCGUUACGCCCCCCUGUGCUGCUCUGCCACAAAGAUAAACUUGAAGCUCGAGGUGAAGAGACGCAUCACGUUUGUCCUCGGCGCGUGAAGUUUUUUUAUUUCUGAUUUACGGUCCAGUUGAGGCGAGAGGCCACCGUCCCUGUAAUCCCUCUUUGACAAUACAGCUAUCCAAACUCACAGCAGUGACCACGGGGGUCGUGAACUCCCCUCAUCGGAGCAGACGGAGCGGGACGCUGUGCAAUGAAAUGCAACGAGUGAUGGCGACUUGUUCUGAAAGCUUCAGAAUAGUUAGAUAAACACCACAGGGGCCACAGCAGGCGCGAAACAUUGCUGCUUGGUUUGGGUUUUCUUUGGGUGUCAAACUCAUUUUCAGUUUUGGGCCACAUAAAUGUUCUUAAAGGGCCAGUUGUGUCAGAAUGUAUGAAGGAAUAUGUUAUCAAACUGUUAAAGUAUUAAUAAAUGGCUGUCUCUGCAUUCUGUAAGUAAUAAUUAAAAUACUCUGGUUUACAAAAGUAUUCACACCAUUGACCUACAACCAAAAACAUUGGAAUAUAAUGUGUAAGACCAACACAAAGUGGCAUACAAUUAUGAAAUGGAAAGAAAAUCUUUUAUAUUGAUCAGUCCCGCCAGGAUUUUUCGAUUGUCGUUCAGAUUCCAGAUUUUGUGGUGCAAAUUUAGAAAUAUUUACAAGAAAUGUUGCCAACUUGAGGUCAGAUGUGACUUUUUGUUACUCGUCAUAUCGAUCACAAACUGUAACUUCACAUCAAAUAAGACUGAGGCGGCAAACAAAAGUUAUUAGUUGUUUUUAUAUUUCGUUGUCCAAAUUUUUUAUGUUCUUGACUUGUGGUCAAGGAGCCAAUCAAAAUCAUUUUGAGGGCCACAAAAGGCCCCCAGGCCACACUUUGGACUCCCCUAACUUAAACCUAAUGUUUUUUCACUAUUUUUGCAGAAAAUUUGUAAGAAACUCACAAUUAUGCUUUAGGAUUUUUUUGAUUUUUGCGAUCGUGAAAAACUGUAGGGACUGAUUUAUGCAGCUUGGAGCCUGGAGUGCCACAUCACAAGCUACAGUGGGCUGGAUUUGGCCUCUGGGCCUUGAGUUUGACACAGGUGGCGUAAAACAUUAAAUAUGGGCGGUAACAGAAUGAAGGGACCCAGAGCUGCUUUUAUGCUCCAACUGUGCAUUAAGUUACUUUUUUGCCUGUUUUUAUUGCAAUGUUACCUUAAAAUACUUUAAUGCCUUUUUCUGUCUGUAGUAAUUUGUUUACUUCACAAUAUAUUCAUUACUGUAAUUUAUGAAGAUGUUUUAAAUAUGUCCCUGAUUUUUGAUCUGAGGUAUAACUGAAUGUGCAGCAUCACCUGCAGCUCAGAGGGAUGUUUAAGCAGCUGUAUGUUGUUUUUACUGUAACUGUAAGCAGUGCAUAUUCUCACUGCUUAUUUGUCCAGUGUUCAGCCUACAUUCCUGCCCCCUCCCCCUCCAGUGUCACACUGGGCUACUCCCAGCAUGCUUUGCUCCACCUGCGUGGCUUCGUUAAGAUUGCCAUCCAGCUGAGGGUGAUUCCAGCUCCUCAAGAAGAGGGGAAAACUGUAAACCACCUAUGUACAUUUAGAUUUUUAAAGAAACUGGAUUGUAAUGUUGAACAAUAAACUAAUAUAUCAAGUUGUUUGAGA